UCUGUGGGGUGGAGGUGCCUGAACUGAAAAUGGUUUACAAUUUGUAGGUUUGUUUCAUCUUUUAUUAUCACAGAUCAUGAAAGAAAGCAGAUUAUAUUUUGCUUUGGGGGGAGUGUGUAGAGGUGGGAGAGAAUGCCAUUGCUUAAGACUUCAAACAGAGAGGUCAAUCCAUCACUAUCUGUGUUUGUGUGUGUGUGUGUUUAUGGCGGGGGGAGGUUCUAUUCAUAUAAACCACUUCACUGUAAGCUCCCACUGAAUUCACUUGCAAAUUCCUCAGUCUGAAAGAGCCAGAAUUCCCAGUGCCCUGCCGUCCGUACAGAGUAGAGCCCACAGUCCUGUCAACCCUCCCUCUGUUUCAGGAGGAUGCUAUUGUCAAUAACGAGAGCCUGAAAACCGAGUGGUCACCAAUCAGGAAGCUGACAGGUAGGAAAGCUCCUUCCAGCCCACCCUCGGGGGCUGCGGAUCCCUGCCUCUAGAAGGAGCGUUGAAGUAGAUGGAAGAAGUCAGUCUCGGGGAGAAAGAAAUCACGGCAUCGCAGAAGGAGCCGCGCUGGCAGAGACAGCAACAGCGUGUUCCCUGUCGGCGAUGCAAGCACCACUGUCUCUCACUGACACACAGCCUCUGUCAGCGAAAUCCCCAGAAACCAAGUGAACUUGAAGAUUGAUUGAAGACCCAAGUAGUUUACAAAUGGAACAAAAAGGCUAGUCAGGGAUACACUAUCUACUGACGGGUUGCUGGACAGCAGCCAACAAAACCCAGUUAGACUCUGCAGCCACCAGUUCUGAAAUAAGAAUGGCGAUAUUGAAUUGCUGUGUGCUAAUGCUUCUCUGGAUCAGCCUGUUGGAGCUCAGCCUGAUGUCCCCACUGUCAAACAGGACUGCUAAAGAGGAAGAGGAUGGAGUGGCAGUGACGCCUGAGAGUGACAAGCUUUCUGUUUUACAUCGCUCCAAACGUGGCUGGAUGUGGAAUCAGUUCUUUUUGCUGGAGGAGUACACUGGGGCUGAGCCACAGUACGUGGGCAAGCUUCACUCUGAUGUUGACAAAGGAGAUGGCACUCUUAAAUACAUUCUGUCAGGCGAUGGAGCUGGAACAGUAUUCACCAUUGAUGAGAACACUGGGGACAUUCACGCCUUAAAGAAAAUGGACCGGGAGGAGAAAUCUUUUUAUACAUUGCGUGCUCAAGCCAUUGAAAGACGGACCGGGAGGCCCGUGGAACCAGAAUCUGAAUUUAUUAUCAAGAUCCAUGAUAUUAAUGACAACGAACCAAAGUUUUCAAAGGAAUUGUAUAUGGCCACUGUUCCUGAAAUGUCUGAUGUUGGUACGUCUGUAAUUCAAGUGAUUGCUACUGAUGCUGAUGACCCUACCUAUGGGUACAGUGCCCGGGUGGCAUACAGCAUCUUACAAGGGCAGCCGUACUUCUCAGUGGAAUCGGACACAGGUAUUAUUCGGACAGCUUUACCAAACAUGGACAGAGAAGCAAAGGAGCAGUAUCAAGUGAUCAUCCAGGCAAAGGACAUGGGUGGACAGAUGGGAGGAUUAUCAGGCACAACAUCUGUAAACAUCACCCUCACUGAUGUUAAUGACAAUCCUCCCAGAUUUCCUCAAAGUUUAUACCAAAUGAGCGUCAAGGAGUCUUCCCCAGAAGGUGGGACUGUUGGCAGAAUUAAAGCUUAUGAUGCAGAUAUUGGAGAAAAUGCAGAAAUAACCUAUCACAUCAUUGAUGGAGAUGGGAUGAAUAUGUUUGACAUUAUUACAGACAAGGCCACACAAGAGGGUGUCGUGUUGGUCAAAAAGCAGAUGUUGGACUAUGAGAACAAGAAAAGCUAUACCUUAAAAGUUGAGGCAACGAACAGUCGGCUUGACCCACGAUUCCUUUACCUGGGUCCAUACAAAGAUGUAGCCACUGUGAGGAUUGCUGUUGAAGAUGUCGAUGAGCCUCCGGUGUUCAGUAGACCCUUUUACAUGUUCGAUGUAUAUGAAGACAUUGAUGUGGGGACUAUUAUCGGUACCGUAAUUGCACAGGAUCCUGACGCAUCUCAUAGCUUGAUUAGUUACUCAAUCGAUCGGCACACUGAUUUGGACAGAUAUUUCAACAUAAACUCUGCCAAUGGAUCAAUUGUAACUUUGAAACCUCUUGACCGAGAAGAAAUGCCUUGGCAUAAUAUUACUGUCAUAGCAAUCGAGACAGUUUUGGAAAAUUCAAGGCAAACUAGCCGAGUGCCAGUACUUAUCAAGGUUUUAGACAUCAAUGAUAAUGCUCCAGAGUUUCCCGUGGUUUAUGAGACUUUUGUCUGUGAGAAUGCAAAAGCUGGCCAGCUUAUACAAACUGUCGGAGCUGUGGAUAAGGACUCACCACCAAGUGGAUCCAGGUUUUUCUUCAGUUUGACCCCAGAAUCUGCCAACAAUCCUAAUUUUACAGUUCUGGAUAAUGAAGAUAACACAGCAGGAAUUCUAACCAGGAGAGGUGGAUUUCGUCGUCAAGACACAAGUACCUACCUUUUGCCUGUCCUGAUUGCUGACAAGGAGUAUCCCAUACAAAGCAGCACGAAUACCUUACUGAUUAGAGUGUGUGCCUGUGACAGUGACGGGACUAUGCAAUCCUGUAAUACAGAAGCAAUAAUCCUCCCUCCUGGUCUCAGCACUGGGGCUCUCAUAGCCAUUCUGCUCUGUAUCAUUAUUCUGCUCGUUAUUGUAGUGCUGUUUGCUGCCAUGAGGAAACAGAGAAAGAAGGAGCCUCUCAUUAUUUCCAAAGAGGAUAUCCGGGACAACAUUGUCAGCUACAACGAUGAGGGAGGUGGUGAGGAGGAUACUCAGGCCUUUGACAUCAGCACACUGAGAAACCCGGAGGUCAUUGAAGACACCCAGUUACGCAGAGACAUUAAACCAGAAAACUUCCUUCUCCCGCGACCAGCUCCAACUAUACCAGAUAACACCGACGUAAGAGAUUUCAUUAACCAGAGGUUAAAGGAGAACGACACAGACCCCGGAGCACCUCCUUAUGAUUCACUGGCGACGUAUGCCUAUGAGGGGAAUGGGUCCAUUGCUGAGUCUCUCAGUUCCUUAGAAUCAGUUACCACAGAGACAGACCAGGAUUACGAUUACUUGAGUGACUGGGGACCUCGGUUCAAAAAACUGUCAGACAUGUACGGAGGAGAGGACAGUGACAGAGACUCUUAGCAAGGGAACAAAUAAAUCAUCCCUUUAAAUUCAGCUAUCAAAAAAAAGUGUUGCUGUGUAAACACAAAGGGGCCAUUUUUCAAAACCUAUCCCACUAAGCAAACAUUUAUUGUGAACUGUUGGACUUUAUUCCAUAAUAUUCAUGGUCUCAGAAUGGUACCAGUGUGAUAUGUGUGUCAUUUACCCUGCAUUUAUUGAGUGCCCACAAGAGCCCGACUCAGUGUCUAUGGGAAUUUAAACCGUAAUUAUAUACCUACACUAACCACUGGUGCACUAGUGGAGACACAGGUUAUGUUGCUCAUUCUGUUUCUCAUAUAGAAAUAUUUCACAGGUAAUACUGUCUGCACAGAGGAAUAGAAAAUGUGUUAAAAUAGGGAUGUGCGUAGAGCAAGUUCUUGAAAAUGGCCUGAGGCAAACGUUUGAUGGUUUUAUGGAAGAUCUAAGUUGGAUCCAAACAUUAGACCACGGAUGCACGGUUCAGGCUGAAGACACAUUUGGGCUGCUCUCCUCAUGUUAUGUGAAUGCAGGAUAGGAACUGCUUGCUGAAGAAGAGGAGAACCGUGUAUUUGCAGGAGUGGUUAUACAUGCAACAAGUGGUGUCCAUUGAGCUGCUUGUGAAAAUGUGCAUCACAACAACAUAUGCUUGCUGAAGAGGUGAAAGGUUACGAGAUUUACACUCACGCCACUGAACAACAAGCCUUGGUCUACUCAGAAACUUGCUGGAUUUACUCCAGGUUUAUUUGCAGCCUUAGACCCUAACGACUAUUGGCCAGCACAUCCCUUUGGUAAAAUUAGUGAAUUAGAUGUUUGAGCUGAACAUGUGGUUGAGUCAACUGUUUCUUUCACAAUGUACUGUACUGUAACUUAGAUUCAGUAUACAAAGAUGCAUACAUAUUGUAUGCAGAGCUGUAUUAUGUAGUGUCGAUGUGAAUCACUACAGGUACGUCUUAAAACAGAGUUAAUCUGCUUGGUGUUGUUGACAGUUUGAUACUGCAGCAGUUUUCAAAGCUGCACACCUUCCCGUAACGACAGAUCAUCCUCUUUUAUUUUCUUGUCCGAAACAUUGCAAAGCUAAAAAUCACUUCAGAACUUUGAAUUCCCGAGGAAGCACCAGAAACAUUUUUCACCACCGACUGCUGCUAGCUGGGGGUAAUGUUGCAGCCUGUGACACUGAGGAAAAUGUUCCACAGAUUCAGCUUUUCCAGUUCAGAGUGACACCACCUCAGCACGACGAACUGUCAGAAUGCAAUACACUCAGAGGCAACUAAACCCAGUCAUCACACAGACACACAACUGACCCAUUUUCCUGACAGUACAUUCUGAGUGGGGAGGGAGAUAUUAUACGCGACUUCAGUAUCACAAAAGCUUGUAAAAGCGAGAUAUGUUCAAGGUCUUCAGUCUAUAGAAUUUUAAGAUCAGAAACAUCAGGUCUGAUCUGACCUGCUCUCUCCAGGCUGCAAGCAGUCUUUUUUUAAAUAAAGGUACUAGUUGGGUACUUAUGUAAAUCCAGUGCAUUGUUCACUGUCGGAAAAAAAUUGUUGGGAUCUAGACCUGUCAGUGCGCCUUGAAAAAUUAACUCCAAAGAGAUAAGUUGACAACUUUAGUUUUGACUGAUAAAAUAUACUGAUGAAAGCUAGGAUUCUCAGCCCAUAAUCCAUGUCAAGAGUACAAAUUCAUAAAGUUAUCUUUUGUAACUUUUAAUUGGUCUGAUUUUUUGGGGGGGUGGGGGGGGGGGGGGGGCAGAAGGCUGAGAGAUCCACCAGAUCUGUACGUAUGUCCAUGCAGCGGCUGGAAGCAUUGCCUCGUUCUAAUUAAAAUCUGAUUGAGACGUAUAAGAUUAUUAAAGGAGUGGACACUCUGGAGGCAGGAAACAUGUUACCGCUGAUCG